CCUUCACAGAUGGACAAAUUGCUCCCAUAGCACCUCGGUAACUUCCAGUCAGACACACCCAAACACACACACACACACACACACACACACACACAAACACAAGCACACUCCACUUGAUGUGACUCGGCCUGCAGCCUUGACAGUGAUCCUCCUGCACAUGUGUGCAGGAAGGAGCGUCUUCAGUUACCGCCUCUGCACACACAUUAGUUUGAAAGGUUAUUUUGGGAUUGCAGAAGAACCAGUGUAACCCCCUGCUUUUAGUGAAAUAAAAGGAGGAGUCAGGAUUUGACUCUCCUCUUCUGCCCCUGCGUACCAUUCCCCCAUGUUUAUACUGACAGGGGCUUUUCCUCCAAACAAGAGGUUCCCCAGCUUUUUACGCCACAACAUAGGUUGGAUCUUCCAGUUGAGACAAUGGACAACAGUCCUCUGCAAGUGUUGACCAUCGCUACAGCCCCCUACCCUGACCAGAGACCCGGGACCAGCGGCCUGAGGAAAAGGGUUUCUGUGUUUCAGUCCAGGAGGAACUAUCUGCACAACUUCGUCCAGAGCAUCUUCUCCUCCAUUGACCUGCGCGACCGCCAGGGUUCUACAGUCGUAGUCGGGGGAGAUGGACGCUUCUUUAAUCGAACAGCUAUUGAGGUCAUUGUGCAGAUGGCAGCUGCCAACGGGGUGGGCCGUCUGAUCAUUGGACACCACGGGAUAAUGUCCACACCGGCCGUCUCCUGCGUGAUCCGGAAACACAAAGCCAUUGGCGGCAUCGUCCUCACUGCCAGCCAUAACCCUGGUGGACCCGAUGGAGACUUUGGCAUUAGGUUCAACACUGCAAACGGAGGACCAGCCCAGGAGGCUGUCACAAGCAAGAUCUUUCAAAUCAGCAGAACCAUCGAGGAGUUCGCCAUCUGCCCCGGACUUCGAGUGGAUCUGACAACCCUGGGAAGGCAGACGUUCGAUCUGGAGAACAAGUUCAAACCCUUCACCGUGGAAAUUGUGGACUCGGUGGAAUCCUACGCGAACCUGUUGAGGAAUAUCUUUGACUUUGCCGCCCUGAAGGAGCUUCUGUCUGGAGAGAACCGCAUCAAGAUAAGACUCGACGCCAUGCACGGAGUGGUAGGGCCGUAUGUGAGGAGAAUUCUGUGUGAGGAGCUGGGCUGCCCUGCCAGUUCUGCCAUUAACUGUGUCCCCAUGGAGGAUUUCGGGGGUCAACACCCCGACCCUAACCCCACCUACGCUGUGGAUCUGGUUGAGAGCAUGAGAGAAGGACAGUAUGAUUUCGGUGCAGCUUUUGAUGGCGAUGGGGACCGCAACAUGGUCCUCGGUAAGCACGGCUUUUUCGUCACCCCAUCCGACUCUGUGGCUGUGAUUGCUGAUAACAUCUUUUGCAUCCCGUACUUCCAGCAAACAGGGGUGAGAGGCUUCGCUCGCAGCAUGCCCACAAGUGCAGCCUUAGACAGAGUAGCCAGGGCAACAAAAAUAGAGCUAUAUGAAACUCCCACUGGGUGGAAGUUCUUUGGGAACCUCAUGGACGCAGGCCGGCUGUCUCUCUGUGGAGAGGAAAGCUUCGGUACAGGCGGAGACCAUAUUCGGGAGAAAGAUGGGCUUUGGGCCGUGCUGGCAUGGCUCUCCAUCUUGGCCAACAGAAGGCAGAGUGUGGAGGAGAUUGUUAAGAACCAUUGGCUAAAAUAUGGAAGAAAUUACUUCACCAGAUAUGACUAUGAGAAUGUCGACAUAGACGCAGCCUGUGAGAUGAUGGAGGACGUGGAGAUCAUGAUCGCCGACAAAUCCUUCCUGAAGCAGAGAUUUGCUGUGGAAGACAAAGUCUACCAAGUGGAAAAAGCGGACAACUUUGAGUACACAGAUCCCGUAGACAGCACCAUCUCCAGGAACCAGGGUCUGCGGAUUAUCUUCUCUGAUGGUUCUCGAAUCAUCUACAGACUCAGUGGGACCGGUCGUGCCGGGGCAACAGUGCGAAUCUACAUUGACAGCUACGAGAAGGAGCUGCUUUUUGAAGACACCCAGGUGAUGCUGGCAUCCCUGGCAACAAUCGCUCUGAAGAUUUCCCAGCUCCACCACAGGACAGGCCGAAGCGGCCCAUCGGUCAUCACAUGAUUCCUCCCGUUUUUAAAUCCAUCAUGGCUGAAGUGAUGCCCUCUUCUUUCCAGAUUUGUGUAUGAGCAGAGCUUGAAUUCCAAGUGUAGCUUUACAACAUGCUUUAGUUUGCAUUCUAGUUUGAGCUAUUUUCAAUGACUGUAACAUAUUAAACAGCUUUUUAUUUUUGGGUU